AUGAACCCCAACAUAUCCUCCCAUUCCGCUCCACGCCGCCGCCCCUCCUCCCAUACAAUCCCCGCCAAGCGUCACUCAGGCCUUUCUUUCCUCUCAACGGUCGACCAUGAACCCAAUACACCUAUCACGCCCGUCACGCCUGUGGCGGGAGAACUUCAUUCGCAGAAUCCUACGAUAACCGAAGAAAUCAGCGAGAUCAAGAGAUAUGAGGACUUUACGACAAUCGAUUGGGUGCAGGAUGCGGUACAUGAACAGGCCCGACGGCGCGCGCGGAGGAAACAAGGAGCUCGAUUUUGGGACAAAGAGGGUGCGUUUGGCUGGAGGCGGAAAGUUAGCGAAGCUUAUGAUGCCGGUCAGGCCUGGCUGGUUGUGACUAUUGUUGGAGCGGCCAUUGGCUUGAAUGCCGGAUUCCUGAAUAUUGUGACGGAAUGGUUGGCGGAUGUCAAGCUGGGAUACUGCACUACGGCAUUCUAUUUGAAUGAAGCAUUCUGCUGCUGGGAGGCAGAGAAUGGAAAGUGUCCGGAAUGGAAAAGAUGGAGCACGCUACCGCCUAUAAAUUACGUUGUUUACUUCGUCUUUGCUGUCUUAUUUGCCUCCUCCGGCGCAGUUUUGGUCGACGCGAUUGCCCCUUACGCCGCCGGAUCCGGAAUAUCAGAAAUCAAGGUUAUCAUUGCAGGAUUUAUCAUGAAAGGAUUUCUUGGGGUGAGAACAUUGUUGAUCAAAUCCAUUGGUCUGCCUUUGGCUAUCGCCGCCGGCCUUUCAGUGGGAAAAGAAGGACCUAGCGUCCACAUCGCCGUAUGCACAGGAAACGUGAUUUCUCGGUGGUUCAGCAAGUAUAAGAGGCAUGCGGCUAAGACCCGGGAAAUCCUAACGGCUACGUCUGCAGCCGGUGUAGCAGUCGCCUUUGGAAGCCCCAUAGGCGGCGUUCUAUUUUCAUUGGAGGAAAUGGCAUCUCAUUUUCCCCUGAAGACGCUGUGGAGGAGUUAUUUUUGCGCCUUAGUGGCAACCGGUGUUCUGGCGGCGAUGAACCCGUUCAGAACAGGUCAAUUGGUUAUGUUCCAAGUUAAAUAUGAGAGGACUUGGCACUUCUUUGAACUUAUUUUCUUUGUGAUACUCGGCGUUUUUGGAGGAUUGUACGGUGCAUUUGUUAUGAAGUGGAAUCUACGGGCGCAGGCGUUCAGGAAGAAGCAUCUCUCGCGCCAUCCAAUUCUCGAGGCCACAGUGCUGGCUGGUCUGACGGCUCUUGUUUGCUAUCCUAACAUGUUCAUGAGAAUCACGAUGACUGAAAUGAUGGAGAUACUAUUCCGUGAAUGUGAAGGAAAACAUGAUUAUAAUGGGAUCUGCCAGGCUGCCCAUCGGUGGUCGAUGGUGUUCUCACUCUUUAUGGCAACGGUAUUACGGGUUCUUUUUGUGAUCAUAUCAUAUGGAUGCAAGGUUCCAGCGGGCAUUUUCGUACCAUCGAUGGCAAUCGGGGCGUCAUUUGGGCGAAUGGUCGGAAUACUCGUCCAAGCCCUACAAGAAUCGUUCCCACACUCAAAAUUCUUCGCCGCGUGCGAGCCAGAUGUCCCGUGCAUAACCCCAGGAACGUAUGCGUUCCUGGGUGCCGGCGCAGCGUUGAGUGGUAUUAUGCACUUAACAAUCUCUGUUACGGUUAUCAUGUUUGAAUUGACGGGCGCCUUGACUUAUAUUCUUCCUACCAUGAUUGUUGUUGGAGUGACGAAGGCCGUCAGCGAUCGUUUUGGGAGAGGUGGCAUUGCAGAUCGUAUGAUUUGGUUUAACGGGUUUCCUUUCCUCGACAGCAAAGAGGAACACAUCUUUAAUGUUCCAGUUUCUCAUGCCAUGACCAGUAAACCCGUUGUCCUACCCGCAACUGAUUUCCCCGUCAGAAAAGCAGAGAGGCUACUCGAAAACAACAAGUUCCAAGGCUUCCCUAUCGUGGAAGACCUGACAUCGCGUACGUUGGUGGGAUUUAUCGGUCGCACAGAAUUUCAGUACGCCAUCAAUCGAGCUAAAAGAGAAGAUCGUCUCUUCUCGCCAGAGGCGAAAUGUCGAUUCGUCCCUCAACCCAGCUCAUUUCAAACCACGCCCUCCGCGUCUUUAUCGACAUCUAACCUGUCGCAAUCUUCGGGUCGAUACUUUGAUUCUUCCAUAGCCACACCUUCCUCCUCUCGGCCUGUCGAGGAGCAUCUACCACCUCAAACGUUUGACGACAUAGCUACACCCUCCGGAGUCCGCUCGAUCGAUUUCAGUUCAUACGUUGACGUUGCGCCAAUAACCGUGCAUCCGCGUCUUGCCCUCGAAACCGUGAUGGAAAUAUUUAAAAAGAUGGGUCCGCGUAUGAUCCUCGUUGAACAUCGCGGUCGAUUAUCCGGACUCGUCACGGUGAAAGAUUGUUUGAAGUACCAGUUUAAAGUGGAACAUCAGGAGCUUGCGGAUGCAAAUGCGACAAGUAGCGAUCGACUUGCCGCAAAUGGGGGGAAGGGGGAGGGGCUCGUGGAGCAAAAGGUGUGGGAAAUUAUCCAAUGGGUCGUUCGGAAGGUUGCGUUUUGGAGGAGACGUGGUGGACGUUCAGAAAGGUUUGAGGAUGGGAGUAGGAGACCGAGAGACAAUUCAUUCGAUAUUAUCGAUGGAACGGAAGAUGUCGAUACAUUUGAUGGGAUUGUUGAAUUGGAGGAAUAG